AUGGCGAAUCCAUACGCAUUACAACAAGCGUCAGCAAGCAGCUUUAAGGAUAAUGGUGAACCACAACAUAUUCAACGGUCGUUGCCGGGCGAACACCACCAGCAGCAAGGACGUGUCUCCUCGAUGAACCAAGCUACCAACCACUACGAGGAGCUCGGGGUGAUCGGGACGGGAGCCUAUGGUACCGUUUACCGAGCGCGUGACCUCAAAAAUUCCGGCACCAUCGUCGCCCUGAAGAAGGUGCGCGUCGCGUUGACUGAAGAUGGCGUGCCGAUGUCUACACUGCGUGAAAUUUUCAUGCUCAAGCAACUCGAUACGUUUGGGCAUCCGAAUGUGGUGAAACUGCUGGAUGUGUGUCAAGGACAACGGUUGGAGCACGAAGGACAGCUGGUAUUGUUCCUGGUGUUCGAGCACCUCGAUCAGGAUCUGGACGAAUACCUGAAGCGCCUACCCCCGAAAGGAUUGUCUCCCAACACCAUCCAGCGGCUAGCAUGCGAAAUGCUCACCGGCAUCGAUUUCCUGCACUCGCACCGGAUCAUACACCGAGAUUUGAAGCCACAGAAUCUCCUCAUCUCAUCCGACGGUCACCUAAAGCUGGCCGACUUCGGGCUAGCGAAGACGUACGAUUUCGAGAUGAAGCUAACGACGGUCGUGGUGACGCUGUGGUACCGUGCGCCCGAGGUCCUGCUCGGUGAGGCGUACAACAGCUCGGUCGACAUCUGGAGCGCCGGGUGCAUCAUUGCGGAGCUGUUCCAACGCCAACCCCUCUUUCCCGGGACAUCCGAGGGCAACCAGCUGGAGAAGAUCUUCGAACUUACCGGCCGCCCAUCGGAGGCCCAGUGGCCACGGGGUAUCUCGAUCGCGCGGGAAAACUUCCGCCCGACCAAGCGGAGAGAACCGCACGAUUUCUGCCCGAAGCUGUGCGACACGUCGAACGAUCUCCUCAGACUCAUGCUCGCGUUCAACCGGUACGAACGUCCGUCCGCCAGGCAGUGCCUUAACCAUACCUACUUCACACAGGAACCGAUGCCGACGUAAAUCCCGGCACGGAUUCGUUAUACAAAACAAAAC